AGAGAGACUCUGACUGAGGGAAGUGAAGAGCAGCGCCCGUUUUUUCUUCUUCUUCAGUCGCGCUCAGCUCAGUGCCUACAGAACACGACCACCGGCUUUUCUUUCUCUUCACUCUUCAGAAAGGGAAUUAUCGUGCUUUUAUGGACCUCCAUCGUAAACGCUGAACAGGAAGAAACCACUGAAAUCCCCCCAGCUUCUCUAUCUUAAAAAAACAGAGCAGGAGAAAGAGAAAGGGAGAGGACUCGCAGAGCGAGAGAGAGAGAGAGACGCAUGAGGACGAGGAGGAAAGUUUUGGUGGUGCUGGAGCAGCGCUGAGUCCGGGGCCAUGUCCGCCGUCAGCAGCGUGGGCUAAGAGCCGCUUUGUGUCGCGCCUUCCAGCGGCUUUGCCUGAACGACGAGCUUCGGCGAAGAAGAGAAAAAGUUUACGCCUCCUCGUUCCUUCGACGGACGCUGUAAAACCAGGAGCCCCCAUUACACGCUCGUUUAGAGCCAUUGUUCACCGCGUUUGAUCGCUUUGCUGGAAUCCCCGCCGUUGCACGGUGUGUUUUUUUCUAGAGGGAGAACUUGGAGGUUGGGGGCGGUGGUGGGUUUGGAUAUACGUUUGAACAUAUAUUUUCGGCUACUUUCCUCCACCUCUUUGCACUCUCUUCACGGCCUCUUUUUCCAGGAUGCACCGCUUGGUGAAAUGCGUGCUGGUCUCGCAGCUGGCGGUGCUGGUGCUGCGCGGCGGCGCGGCGCUCCUGUGUCUGCCCUGCGACGAGUCCAAGUGCGAGGAGCCCAAGCAGUGCACGGGCGCCGUAGUGCUGGGCAUCUGCGGCUGCUGCUCCGUGUGCGCCAAGCAGAAGAACGAGAGCUGCGGCGGCGUGUACGGGCUGUACGGGACGUGCGACGCGGGGCUGCGCUGCGUCAUCCGCCCGCCGCUCGACGGCGCCUCCAUCACCCAGUACGAGGUCGGAGUUUGCGAAGAUGAAAACUGGGAUGACGACCAGCUCUUGGGAUUUGAGCCGUGCAAUGAGAACCUGGUUACGGGCUGUAACAUCAUCGAUGGGAAGUGUGAAUGUGACAGCGUACGAACAUGCAACAACCCAUUUGAGUUUGCCAGCCAGGAAGCUUGUCAGACAGCCCUGAGGAAGAUCGAAGAGGAGAGACCGGACUGUUCCAAGGCCAGAUGUGAGGUUCAGUUUUCACCGCGCUGCCCGGAGGACUCAGUGCUGAUUGAGGGUUACGCCCCGCCGGGCGAGUGUUGUCCCCUGCCCAGCCGCUGUGUGUGCAGCCCCGCGGGGUGUUUGAGGAAAGUGUGCCAGCCAGGCUACCUCAACAUCCUGGUGUCCAAAAGCUCAGGCAAACCUGGAGAGUGCUGUGACCUGUACGAGUGCAAACCAGUUUUCAGCGUGGACUGCAGCACAGUGGAGUGUCCUCCUGUCCAGCCGGUGCAGUGUCCAGCCGACAGCUAUGAGACGCAGGUCAGACUGACAGCAGACGGUUGCUGCACCCUGCCCACAAGGUGCGAGUGUUUGCCCGGCGCCUGCACCUUCCCUCAGUGUUCGGCUGGAACGUCCCCCCACUUGGUCUCCCGUGGCAAUGGAACACCGGGGAGGUGCUGUGAUGUGUUUGAGUGUGUCAACGAGACCAAGCCGGCCUGUACCUUCAGUGGGGUGGAGUACCGCGAUGGCGACAUGUUCAGGAUGGACGCCUGCCGCUUCUGCCGCUGCCAGGGUGGGGUGUCUGUGUGCUUCACUGCACAGUGCGGUGUCCUCCACUGCGAACGCUACUACGUACCUGAGGGAGAGUGCUGCCCCGUCUGUGAAGAUCCUAUCUUCCCAGCUCUGAAUUUUGCAGGCUGCUAUGUGAAUGGGCAGAUCCUGGCUCAUGGUGACCACUGGCGUGAGGAUGAUUGUACGUUCUGCCAGUGUGUGAGUGGAGAAGCCCGCUGCGUGGCGGCCGCCUGCGGCCAUAGCUGCCUCAACCCCGUCACCGUGCCCGGAGAGUGCUGCCCUGUGUGUGAGGAGCCCACCUACAUCACCCUGGCGCCCCCUGCCUGUGGCCCGUUGGAGAACUGCACGCUGACGGAGAAGGACUGCCUGUACGGCUUCCAGCUGGACCAGGACGGCUGUCGCACUUGCAGCUGCAAAACAAGAGAGGAGCUGUGCAGGGGUCUGAUCUCAGGCUGCACUCUGAAGUGCCCAUUCGGGUUCCAGACAGAUGCCCAUGGCUGUGCCCUGUGCCAGUGCCGGCAGCGCCACAAGAAGUGCAAGCCGGUAGCCUGCGCCAAGAACUGCCCCUUUGGCUUCGUUAAAAACAAGCAUGGCUGCGACACCUGUCGCUGUAAGAAGUGCCCUGAGCUCCCGUGUGACAAGCCGUGUCCAAUGGGCUUCCAGCAGGACGAGCUAGGCUGCCUGAUAUGCCAGUGUCGAGACCAGAGCUCCUCUUCUGCCGGCCCCUCGGUUAAACUGGGCUCGUGUUUGUCUAUGGAUGGUCGGAGACAUGAGAACGGUCAAAGCUGGCACGACGGCUGCAGGGAGUGUUACUGCCAUGCCGGCCGAGAGAUGUGUGCCCUCAUUUCCUGCCCAGUGCCCUCCUGCGACAACCCCAGCAUCCACGCUGGCCAGUGCUGCCCCACGUGUCCAGAUGAGUCAGGCUCUCAUAAGCCGGAGCUGAGCGAGGCGUCCGUGUGCUUGGCCCCAGGUGGGGAGUACUUUGUGGAAGGUGAAACGUGGAACAUCGACUCCUGCACCCAGUGUACCUGCCACGUUGGUCGUGUGCUCUGUGAGACUGAGGUUUGUCCACCGCUGCUCUGCCAGAGCCCAAUCAGAACACAGGACUCCUGCUGCCCACACUGCCCAGAUGAGCCAGUAACACCGGCAGCUCCCAGCAACGACAGCAUGCCCAGUUACUGCCGCAACGAGGAGGGUGACAUCUUCCUGGCCGCCGAGUCCUGGAAGCCCAAUGUCUGCUCCAGCUGUGUGUGCCUGGACGGAGUUAUCAGCUGCUUCUCCGAGUCCUGCCCUCCGGUGAACUGCGCCCGGCCUGUCCUGCGUAAGGGCCAGUGCUGCCCCUACUGUCUAGAUGCCACUCCGAGGGCCGUGUGCCACUUCAACGGGAAGACGUACGUGGACGAGGAGCGAUGGGACAUCGACAGCUGCACACACUGCUACUGCCUACAGGGCCAGACGCUGUGCUCCACUGUCAGCUGCCCCGCCCUGCCCUGCAACCAGCCAAUCACAGUGGAGGGCAGCUGCUGCCCCAUGUGCCCAGAAAUAGUCCCCACUAAUGUGCCCAUAGAGAAGACAGACCAGCAUGGAGACAGACUGAGGCAUCGGCCAGCCUGGCCUACGCACAGCGAGAACGACAUCAUGCCGCAGUUCAGAGGUGACUUUGGGAGCCUACAGAUGCCAUAUCUGGAUGGGAAGACGCCGUUGCCCAGUGAGGAUCCUAGCCUUCACUGGGCCUGGGUGGCCUUGCCCAUCCUCAUGAUGGUGCUCACUGUCACCGCCCUGCUGUUGGUCAAUCAGAGGAAGCAGUGGAUCCCUGUGCCUUGCUAUCGCACUCCCACUAAGCCCACGUGUCUGAAUAACCAGCUGGUGUACGUGGACUGCCAGAAGGGGACGAAGGUCCAGGUGGACAGCUCACAGCGCAUGCUCCGCAUCGCCGACCCGGACUCGCGCUACAGCGGCUACUACAGCAUGCCCAAACACAACAACCUGCAGGCAGACAACUUCUACCAGACUGCGUGAGCGAGCAAGAGCCAGAAAGAGUGCGAGAGAGAGAGAGAGAGAGGGAGAGAGAGAGAGAGACUAAGACCAGGGUCUGCUGCCGAAACCUGAGAGAGCACAUUACCAACUGCUACUAACUACAGUGAUGGACAAAGAAAUGUGGAGAGUGGUAGACGCCCCGGUAAAGAAUAACAAUCAUAAUACCCAUGUUAAUAGAACGUCACUCCGAAACGCACGCAGACAACUGACGGUCUCAUCGGGACGGGAUAACGUUACCACGCCGGUCGCUGCGGGGAGUGUAUUUAUUUGAACCGGAGGAGCUGAAAGCUUCCUCGGAAUAUUUUUGUGCAUUAGAGAAUGCGUGUAAGUGUGUGUGUCUGCGCGGUUGGAGGUUUAUGAGAUCAAACGUACAUAUUUGGGAUUAGGACAGACUGGGGUGUUUU